UAGUGUGGGAGGGAUUUCUUGGGAAGAUAAGAUGCCUGGCAAGAAAAGAGUCACAAAAGGUUGCAUAAUAAUUGCUGCUGCUGUAUGGACGAUAACACAGAUUCCAAUGCCAAGGGAAAGUGCUCUGAUCAACAAAAAUAUUCCCGGAAACCGGACUUUGCUGGAGUUGAGUGCAGACUACAGUAAUAAAACGAAUGAAGUAGAAGAAAGAGGCGUAUUUAAAAUCAGAGGUGAAGGAGCAGACAGCGCACACACAGGUGCAGAUGACGUUCUUGAUGCGGAAACAGAGAAACACGUAAAUAAAGAAGGUAAAGCCGUAGAAGAAGAGGGAGUAGAUGAUAAAGACAAAAACGAAGAUGUAGAUUCACAUCCACAAGUGGAUCGCCGUCUCAAGGAUCUUGGUCUACAUUUUCGCAACUAUACUUUCCCAGGGUGUCACUGCGCCAGGCUGGGCAUCGACAUGGGCGACCUCCGACGAGCGCGGGCGGAGGCCGCGCGGCGCCCGGAGAGCUUCCCGCGCUGGUUCCUCGAGCGCUUCUCCUUCGCCGGCGAGUCCACCUGCUCGGACUUCGCCACGCAGCGAGGGGGGCGCCAGAAGGUCCUGUCCUUCUGCUACUUCAUAAACAAAGGCAAAACCGUGCCGGGGACGGCGAUGUACAGAAAAUACAUGCAGCACGCCUACGGAACGGCCGGGGACAUCAAGAGAAUCUACCCUGGCUGGCUGAUGAGGAUCUACCACAGCGUCACCGCCGAGGACCUGCGUGGCACCGAGGAGCUGUGUCGCAUCUACUGCGACCACCCGCACGUCGACCUGUGCCUUGUGCAUGACCUCCCCGGCAUUGGGAAUUUGUCUAGCUCCGGCGUUGUUGGCAGGCUGUGGCGCUACGCCUCCAUGGGGACCCGCCGUCGAGGCCUUCCACUGCCGCGACAUCGACAGCUACGUUCUGGAGAGAGACGCAGCGGCCGUGAGGGAGUGGCUGGAGUCGGGCAAGACCUACCAUGCCAUCCACGACCAUCCCUCCAAUAACGCCCCUCUCAUGGGAGGUCUUUGGGGCGGCUUGAACAGGGACCUGAAGCUUAUGAAACGCCUGCGGGAAACCAUGUACAACGCAACCAUGAUGGACUUCAAACCCCUGGAUCAGGUGUUGCUCAGGAAA